AUGCAGGCGGAUAAGGAAAAGAAGAUCAAGAAGAAGAAGGCGAAAGAAGAAGCGCCCGCUGAUGAGGCCCCAGCUGCGGCCCCCGCUGAGAGACAGUCCUCUCGUGGCAGCCGUAAGGCCAAGCGCACUGGAUCCAAUGUCUUCUCUAUGUUCUCACAGAAGCAGGUCGCUGAGUUCAAAGAGGCCUUCCAGCUAAUGGACCACGACAAGGACGGUAUCAUCGGUAAGAACGACCUCCGCGCCACCUUCGACUCCCUCGGCAGGCUCGCCUCCGAGAAGGAACUCGAGGAGAUGGUCGGCGAGGCCCCUGGCCCCAUCAACUUCACUCAGCUGCUCACCCUCUUCGCCAACCGCAUGUCCGGUGGCUCUGACGACGACGACGUAGUCAUCAACGCCUUCAAAACCUUCGACAAGGACGGCAAAAUCGACUCAGAGAACCUCAGACACGCACUCAUGACCUGGGGAGACAAAUUCUCCGCUGACGAAGUCGAUGAAGCGUAUGACCAGAUGGAAAUCGACGACAAAGGCUACAUUGACACCCAGAAGCUCAUCACCAUGCUGACUGCCAGCGCAGAAGAGGAGGAGGGCGGUGAAGCCGCGUAA